AGUCUUGGGGACUUCUGCUAGCGCGCCCUGCACGUGGCGGGGGCCUGGGGCAGCCCAAGUGCCAAUCCGCGCGCAACCUCCGGCCACUCUCUCCCCGCCCCGCCUCCGCGCCCCCCUCCCCAGUUUCACUUGGCUGCCUCGACCCUCCUACCGGCAGAGAGCGGCGGCCAAGCCACAGCCUAAAGCAAGCCCGAGCUCUACCACCCCGGACCCCGCGCCGCCGGCCUCUGGGGCAUGCUGGCAUGGCAGGACGGCGGGGCCAAGGCGGCUCCCUCCCACCACAAGAUCUCCUUCUCGGUUCUGGACAUCUUGGACCCGCAGAAAUUCACCCGCUCUGCGCUCCCAGCCGUGCGUCCGGCUCUCCGGGAAGCCAAGAAAAGUUUGGCAGAGGCCGAAGGAAGGAAGGACGCCAGCCGGGACCCGGUUCCGCAGCGAGAGGCGCCUGAUGCUGCGGGCCGCGGCGCCGGCUUGGCGUCCCCUCUGGAGGGGUCGGAGGAGGAGGAGGCGGAAGAGGAGGACGAGGAUGUGGAGGACGCGCGGCGGCGGCGCGGGGAACCGGCUGCGCACCUGCAGGCGGGCCUGACACUCUCCCCCGAGGCGCGGGCCGCGGCCUCGGCGGCAGGGGAGAGCGGCGCUGGCGGCCUCGCGGGCACUCCCGGCUCCCCACGGCCCAGGCGCCGGCGCGCGGAGCCCAGCGGCUCCAAGCCGCGGCGCGCGCGCACCGCCUUCACCUACGAGCAGCUAGUGGCUCUGGAGAACAAGUUCCGGGCCACGCGCUACCUGUCCGUGUGCGAGCGCCUGAACCUCGCGCUCUCGCUCAGCCUCACUGAGACGCAGGUCAAAAUUUGGUUCCAGAACCGCAGGACCAAGUGGAAGAAGCAGAACCCCGGCGCCGAAGGUGCGGCGCAGGCGGGAGGUGGCGCGCCCCAGCCCGGGGCUGCGGCGGCGAGCGGCGGCGGCGGCGCAGGGGGCAGCCCAGGUCCGCCGGGCCCGGGCGCGCAUCCUUUCCAGACUUUCCCCUCCUACUCGGCGGCCAACGUCCUUUUCCCAGCCGCCGCCUCCUUCCCGCUGACGGCCGCCGGGGGCUCCUUCGCGCCCUUCCUCGGGCCCUCCUACCUGACCCCUUUCUACGCCCCGCAUCUAUGAACCCCCGAGCCCCUUGGACCCCUCUUCGUCUGGACUCACGAGUGAUUGGCGUGGACUUGUGGUCCCCACCCUACCGAGGGGCGCCGAUGCGCAGGGACCGCCCCCUCCUGGUGCGCGGGUGUCUGUGCGCCCCUUCCCUGCAGGCUGCCUGGAGGCGCCGCCAGAGGGCAGGGAAAGGCCGCCUGCGGCUCCCAGGUGCGCGCCUUCCCGCCGUGCGGAACCCCGGGAUCCACGCGGUCCACUAAGGGGAAUCAAGGACCUGCCACGUUUCAGAGUAUCCGGAGACGGAAGCCGUCCUUAAAGCUCCCCGUGUCUGGACCUGCUGUUCCCCGUGGGUCAGGCUUCGUUCAGUUCAAGGGCUCUUUCUGAGGGUCUGGGUGUUCGGAGGCGCGCGGCUGGCCCCGCGGCGGGCCUGGAGUCCGAAGAGAGUCAAGACCCGUCCUCCCAGCGGCUCCCGAGGACGGAAUCCGCAAAGAUUUUGGCUCUCUCAGAGCCCAGUUGUUUUUGUUUCCCUUUUCGGAGCCGAUUGUUUCCCAUUUCAUACUUGGUUACUGGCCCCAAUCCAGCGGUUCCUUCCAAACACUGCACAAAGUUGGAGAGAAUUGAGUCUGUGAGCGCACACUGCCGCCUUGAGAUGGACCAAUUUUUAAAGGCGUAACGCUCUAUGUUUUUACAUCUUUCUUUUAAGAUUAGGACUUGAGAGCAACUCUUAUUCCAGACAGUCGCUCCACGGGCUAUUGCUGAGAAAAUGGGUACCUAAGUUUUCGGAGAAGACCAGAAGUUCGUGCUGGGAAAUUCAGGGGUUUACAGCUCGACUUGCCUCCUUAGGUAGAGCGCUGUUCCCCGCUACCGCAAGUUUUGAGAACCGCUUUCACAAACCAUGGCUAUGGCCCCAAAGGCAUAACAAUAACAAAGGGACCAGUGGCACAACUGAAAUCUUGAGGACUAUACAUGGGACUGCCCGUUAUGAUUUGCAGUGUUUGAUAUUGUAAAACUUCAGUCUUGGCUAAUAUGUCUGUUCCCAGCAAGUCCUAAGCUCUCAAUAGUGAUCAAGGAGAGUUCUCUCCUUCAGCAUACACCGCAGUUAUGAACUAGACUAUAUUUUUAAAAACAGACUCAACAUUUUUAGAGCUUCAUCUAAGAUACUGACUUGAAAGAUAUUCAGUUCCACACAGACUCUCCGUGGUGGCAUGGUAAACAAGCAAAAGGUUGUUAAGAGCAGUAAAAGAAAUAAUUAUUGGGCAUAUCAUGGACGCAAAAGGCACACAUAUGAUGGAUUCAACUGCAGGAACUUAAUAUAUGGACAUGCUUUCUAACUGCUGCUUUUAUUAUCUCUCUUAAGAAUUAGUCCUGUAAAAUUCUCUUGCUGGCUUUAUCUGGAAUACUCUUCUUCAGUUUUUUAUGUAAUAUAAUUUGUAGCCCAUAUUUCCAAAACCCAGACCUCCCUGACUAGGUCAUGUAUCUUUCACUCUCAUCUUUAUUGGAUGACUCGAGGCUGGGCAGUAUCUGUAUGGAUACCAUAUUCCUUGCUAUUUCUUGGUAGCCUAUGUCAUUAAUAAAGAUCAAUGGCUUCUUAUAAAAUAAAAGCACAUUACUUGGUUUUAGGAACACAGGAUAUUACAACCUUGAGAUAUCUACUUCUGUUCUUAUCAAGAAUGAGAAAAUAUACCCCCCUUCUUCCAAAUUAAAUGAAGAUUUCACAUUCAUGUGAAUCUCAUCAGAUUUGAGUGUAUGUAUUAUUUAAUUAUAAUUUAUUAAUUAGACUCUUUCCCUCCUAUGCUGAAGAAGAAAUGUGUCCCCAAACAAUGCAUUAAACUUUCUGAAAGAUAAGGGUCCCAGAUGAUAUUAAAAAUGCAGUUACUGUAAUAGAGAAUAUUAUUUUAUUAACUUUACUUGUUGAUAAACACUCCCUCAGUAACUAUUCGUGGGUUUCUCAAGAGCAACAUUCCAUGUAUCAGGAGCAGGCAUGCACAGAAGUAGGAUCUGUAACAAAGAAACUGAAUUUCUGUAAGACCUGGGAAACAUUACUUUCCUCUCAGGUACGGGAAGACUCCAGUUGAAGAGAGGGACUGGGGAGGGAGGGGGGGAGGCUUGUCUGUUUGUGGGCCAGGAGCACUGUGUUUCCUGACCUUUCAUGUUUCUACGCAUUUUAACAGAGUAAUGCUCGAAAGAAGUGUGUGACUUUGGACAUCCGCUGCUUUAAAAGGGCCAGUGAGUUCCCAACCAAAUCCUUAAACUCAAUCUAUUGAUGUGUUUGUCUAAUAAAU